CCAAAAUGUUCCAAACUCUGAUUGGGAAAAGAAGGUAACUGAAUACUUCAAGGAGAAAUUAAAAGAAAAUAAUGCUGCUAACUGGGUUCCAUCACUGAAUGAUGUUCCUGUGCAUUACCUAAAGCCCAAUAGUUUAGUGAAAUUUCGCUGCAUGGUUCAAGAUAUGUUUGAUCCUGAGUUUUACAUGGGAGUAUAUGAAACAGUUGACCCAAAUACAAAUGCACGUGUUUUACAUUUUGGUAAAUACAGAGAUGUGGCAGAAUGUGGGCCAAAAAAAUUUUAACUCCUCACAAACAGUCACCUUGGAGAGACAGACUUUCUACUGCGUUCCAGUGCCUGGUGAAUCAGCAUGGGUGAAAGAAGCAUAUAUUAGUGCAAGCCAAGCUCGAGUUAGUCCUUCAACAUCCUACACACCCAGUCGCCACAAGAGGAGCUAUGAGGAAGAUGAGGAUAUGGAUCUACAUCCAUCUAAACAGAAGGAGCAACAUAUGGGUGGUGGAGGUGAUAUCCAUGGAUGUGUGGAGCCAAAGAGAUUAGAAACGGAGGCUUCUGCAGGUCAUCAUCUCAUUUCUCCCAACUGCUCCCCUCCACUUGACUUAAAUUUCCCAUUGCCUGGAGAGAAGGGACCAGCAUGUCUUGUCAAGGUCUAUGAGAGCUGGGAUAGCUUCAAAGUCAACGAUGUUCUGGAAGUAUAUGGGAUUUUGUCAGUGGAUCCGGUGCUGAGCAUAGUAAAUAAUGAAGAGAGGGAGAGCUCAGUCCUCGAUCCUAUGGAGUGUAUGGACACAGCAGAAGAACAGAGAGUACACAGCCCUCCAGCCUCAUUAGUCCCCAGGAUCCAUGUGAUUUUGGCACAGAAAUUACAACACAUUAACCCAUUACUGCCUGCCUGCCUUAAUGAAGAGGAGAGUAAAACCUUUGUUUCUAAUUUCAUGUCUGAGCUGUCGCCAGUGAGAGCAGAGUUGCUUGGGUUCCUCACCCACGCCCUGUUGGGAGACAGUCUGGCUGCUGAAUACCUUAUAUUACAUCUCAUCUCUACAGUUUAUGCAAGACGAGAUGUGCUGCCUCUGGGGAAAUUCACAGUCAACUUGAGUGGAUGUCCAAGAAAUAGCAUCUUCACAGAGCACAUAUACCGCAUUAUCCAGCAGCUUGUUCCAGCAUCCUAUCGCCUACCAGUGACCAUUGAAAACAUGAACCGUUCACGAUUUAUCCCGCACAAAGACUACACAGCAAAUCGCUUAGUCAGUGGAGUAUUGCAGCUUGCCAGCAACACUUCCCUUGUGGUAGAUGAGACUCAGCUUGAGCAAGGACAGCUUGACGCAACAGGUAGGCAUUUCUUG